UUGCGAUGUAAACAAAAAAAAAACGCUUCAAAGACGUCAGAGACAUGUUUAUGGGUGUAAAAGUUAUGUGAAUAUUUUACUACAAAUAUCUCGGUUAAGUUUGUGUCGUACGGAUGCUCUGUGCGAGGCGGGUAUGGAGCGCGGGCUCGCUCCGGCGGGGACUGGCAAGCGGUGACGACAGUCCCCUAAAGCGGUUACUCGACGGCGCUGCGACGUACGGGGAGCCGGCUGCGCAGGGCGAGGGAGAGUUGCGAUGGGCCACACAGCCUUAUACGCGCCGCGGUCCCGAGCCGCCGGUCCGACGAGUGGAGCCCGCGGAAACUACGGUGCUUCUGUUCCCGGGACAAGGUUCACAGCGCGUUGGCAUGGGCCGCAAGCUAGCGCACUUGCCUGCUGCUAGAGACCUUUAUGAACUAGCUUCUAAAAUACUGGGUUGGGAUGUCUGGCGCGUGUGCACCGAAGGCCCGGCGGAAGAGCUAAACGCGCGCUGUCAGCCCGCCAUAGUCGUCACAUCCCUCGCUGCCCUUGAGGCGCUCCGCGACACGCGGCCAACAGCACUGGAGCGAGCACGGGCAGCAGCAGGGUUCUCAUUAGGCGAGAUUACGGCGCUUGUGUGGGCAGGAGCGCUACCAUUUGAACGCGCGCUGAGGCUAGCAGAGAUACGACAGACCGCUAUGGCGGCAGCAGCAAGGAAUCGUCCGCAGGCUUUGCUAACAGUAUGGCUGGGUGCGGACGCGAACUUACCUCAUGCGAUGCUCCGUGCCAGGGAGUAUGCUGAAUCACAGGACCUGUCUGAGCCUGUGUGUCAGGUCGCCAACUAUUUAUACCCUCAUUGCAAGGUAGUCGGGGGUGACGAAGAAGCCCUCAAAUUCCUCGAGAAGCGCGGCUCAGAAUUCGGCAUCCGUCGCUCCGCGCGCGUCGCCGGUGCGGCCGGCGCCUUCCAUACGCCUCUCAUGGCGCCCGUCACUGAUGUACUGAAAGAAGCGUUGAGAUCUUGCGAGACGGAGGCGCCUAAAGUGAAAGUUGUGUCUGCAGUGGAUGGGAAACCUUACGGUGAUGCUAGAACGGUACGAAAAACGCUAGCGAAACACGCAGCGUCCCCGCAGCGUUGGGAACAAACGCUCCACGCGCUAUACGCCCGGCCGCAAGGCGAACGCUUUCCGCUGACGGUGGCGCUCGGUCCGGGCGUCGCGUUACGCGCUACGCUAAAACAAGUUAACGCUAAAGCGUGGGACUCUUCUGUGCAAAUAGACGUUUAGACUGACGUAGUGUAUGUAUAUAGUUGUAAGCUGAUGAUAUUGAAAUUAUAUUGUUAAGUGAAAA